AUGUCAUCAACACCCAGUGAUAAUUUGAACUCACCCAGCAAACCAAAGACAACCAAUAGAUUCCACCCAUCUCAUCCUCAAACCAGCAAUCCCAGAUCAACCACCAACGCACCCCACCAUCAAACCAUCCUCCUCCUCUUCUCAUCAUCACCCUACUACACCGAACUCCAACAGAUGCAGAAAGAAUAUCAGACCUCUAGCCACAACACCCUCCUCCAAACACAAAACUCACUAUCCAUUUAUCGCAACGCAGUCCGAACACGCAGUCCCAUGGGUAUACAGGCGGCCCAAGAGAUGAUCGAUCGGAAUGUACAGGAAAUGGUAGAGUUCCAUGAGGAGAAAAAAAGAAAAUGGGAUGUGGUGAUGGAGAGGUUGGCGGAGGAUGUGGGAGGGUAUUUGGGCAGGGUUCUUAAAGAGGUGGUAAGGGAGAUGAAUGGGAGGGUAGGGUUGGUGGGGAGUGAGAUGAAUUUGGAGGGGGUGUUGAAUGAGGUGGGAACGAGGAUGUAUGCUGAGAAAUGA